CGCGUGCGCUCAACCGUAAAAGAAUUCAAUGCCAUUUUGUUGCCGAAUGAAAUCUGCAUCCGGCAAAGGUGAAGGAUAUGAGAUUUUCUAUAUAAAGCUUAUACUUUCUGCUAUGAAGUGACAGAAGAGACCCGCCGCUAGUAGGAAUUUUUUUCCAUAAUAAUGAAAAGACGAGACCACUCACUGAAAAUGCAUCGCUUUCUCGUCGUCACCGGCAUCAUCGCAGCAUAUUCUAUGGUCAUCUUAAAUACUGUAUCGGGCGGACAGACGGAUGUUGUUCACAUAUGCUGCUAUUCCACUGAUCCCUCAUCGUACGAUCCAAAAUGCUACGACUGCGAUGCCAUGGUCUACAAAAACGCUCUCAUGGCAUGUUUAAAUAUGACGGAUUUGCCAAAAAAUAUAAGCUACAAAGCAGCCACGUGUUUGGAGAAGAACUGCCAGAUACAAAUUCCCAAAGUUUCAGAGGCCGAGACCAUGAAACUGGACCCUUUUAUUGAACAGAUAUUCAAACUUUGGUUCUCGAGACAGAAAAGAAGUCUGUCUGCUAACAAUAUUGAUGGAUCAGAUCUGAGCAAAGGUAGACACGUUGUAAAAGAAGUUUCAACUUUCGUAUCAAAAGAAGAGACGACUUUUCAAUUCAUGGAUCCGGAGUACAUGUAGUAAUAAAUCAAAGUAUAAGAUUAAUGAACACUACUGCAUUAGAAUUGACACAAUAUGCACGAAACUGCUCGACAUUAUAAGAUAUUAAGCAAUUAUUUAUGUUACGCAAUGUCUGACAACAUUGCACAAUUUUUAUGCAAGUAAAGAAUAAAAGAGAGCUAACUCAAGAUUGAGAAUGGAGACAAUAGACAGGAUUAUGAUAGGAAAGAAUACUUGCCAAAUCCAGCUCACAGUCUUUGUGUUUGAAGGAAAUUUGAGUUAAAAAAACAUGCUCAGUAAUUUAUUUACAAUCUUUCAUAAUUUCUUAUUCCUUAGGGAGGUAAUUUGUUUGGAGAUCAAAAUUUUCCUGGAUUUUCUAGCAACCUGUUUACAAAUGCGUAAAAAAUUAUAAGCAAUUCCUUUUUAUUUAUUAGUAUUUGAAUAUUUUUAACCUAUGUUAUUUAAAUAUUUUUAAUCAAUUGCCUUCACAAGGAAUUUUUAAUUUUAUUGUAGCACAAUUAAUUACUUUGCCGUUAAUAUUUUAUUAAUUUCAUCGGAUUUUCAUUAGCAUUGGAGUAUAGGAAAAUGUACUUUUCAAGUUUAAUAACGUUUAAUUUUUAGAAAGGCAGCGUUUAAUAGCAUAUUUAACACUUUUUAUUUAGUUUUGAAUUUUCUUUCAUGUAUCAUAUACUUUCAACAACUAAAUAAAGUAUUCAUAUCUCCUUUUUUUAUAAUUUUUGUAACGAAG